CACCCAUCCUUACUUGAAGCCUUUACGUCCUGCAGGCUCAUCCCGCUUGAUAAGAACCCGGGAAUCAGACCAAUUGGUGUUGGAGAGGUACUAAGGAGAAUAGUGGGGAAAACGGUCAGCAGUUUCUUAAGGGAGGAAAUAAAAGAGGCGGCGGGUCCCCUACAAGUUUGCGCUGGUCAUAAUGCAGGAGCGGAGGCUGCGAUCCAUGAAAUGAGUCAAGUUUUUGUUGAAGAAGGAACAGAUGGAAUAUUGCUAAUUGAUGCUAGUAACGCUUUUAACCAAAUGAAUCGGUCAGCGGCCUUACACAAUAUCCAGAUCAUGUGCAAAGAAAUGGCGCUCUAUGUUAUUAACACAUAUAGAAGCCCAUCUAGACUUUAA